AUGGUCCGUACACAAACAGCGACUCUCCCGGUCAUCACACUGCCCCGCGACAGCGUGCUCCUACCGGGGGUCGUCCAACGAGUCGCCGUUUCUUUCAACCGUCCCGACAUCGCUUCCUUACUCGCCGCCGUCUACACCCGCGCUGCUUCCAAGACACCGAAUGGCCGUAUCGACACCGUCCCGAUUGUCUGCAUCCCCCUCGCAUCCCCUCUAAUCGGCCCCGACGGACAACUCCUGAUCGAAGAUGCCGAGAACCCCGCUCCCGCACCUGACCGGGCUGAUGUCGACCCGGCAAAAGCCACCAAGGCCGACCUCUUCGGCUGGGGCGUCGCAGCAAAGAUAACUGGCGUGGAGGGGCGCGGCACGGGGGAGUUCACACUGCUAGUCGAGGGUGUUACCCGUGUGAAGGUGGAUAAGAUUUACAAUGACAAGGCAUACUUGGAGGGCAAAGUGGUAUACUUCCAGGAAGAGGGCAGCCGUCCCGACGCGACCCUCGAGGAGCUCUUCCAGCACCUGAAACUCCUGUCGAGGGAGCUCGUUGCCAUCCUCAGGCUGUCAUCCGUCCUCCCACGGUCAAGCGGCACCCCCGGGCUGUCGCCCUUGCUCGCCCGCCGGCUCGACCUCUUCAUUACGAGGCAGAAGGAGCCGGGCUCUCUUGCCGACUUCAUGGCCAACAUCGUCGAGAGCUCCUACGAGGAGAAGCUGCAGGUUCUGGCCCUGCUAGACGUGAAGGAGCGCGUUUCCAAAGUUAUCGAGCUGCUCGACCGCCAAGUCGGCAACAUCAAGAACAGCAUUAAAAUCAUGUCCGUUACCACCACGACACUACCCUUCGACUCGGACCCGAGCAAGAAAGAUAACGACGGGAUAAUCAGACCAAACAAGUCAAGGCAAGCCAAAUUCCGCACCCCCGGGGCGGGCAUGCUGCCACCUUCGGGAUUCGCGGGCAAGUCCGGUGGUGACCCCGAAGAGGAGGGGGAGGAAGAACCGAAUGAGUUAGACGAGCUGCAAAAGAAACUCGAUGAUGCAAAACUGUCCCCAGAGGCCGCUAAGGUCGCCGACAGGGAGAUCAAGCGUCUGAAAAAGAUCCACCCCGCCCAAGCCGAGUAUGCCAUCACGCGGACGUACCUCGAGACACUGGCCGAGAUUCCCUGGACGACCACCACCGAUGACCGCCUGGGACCUCAAACCCUCUCCAGGGCGCGGAAGCAGUUGGACGACGACCACUAUGGGCUCGAGAAUGUCAAGAAGCGCCUCUUGGAAUACCUUGCCGUCCUCAGGCUGAAGCAGUCCAUCAACGAUGAUGUCGAUGCGCAGAUCAAGAAGGCCGAGGAGGAGAUUGGUGCAGUCGAGACAGCGAGCAAAGAGGAGAAAACGGAAGUUCCCGCACCGGACCCAAGCGCAGAUGAGAGAAUUAAGGCCAGCGGCGCCAAGUUGGAGGUCCUGAGAAGCAGGCGUAUGGUGGACAAGUCGCCGAUUCUGCUGCUUAUUGGGCCCCCGGGUGUCGGGAAAACUAGUCUCGCGCGGUCAGUAGCCAUUGCGCUGGGGAGGAAGUUCCAUCGCAUCUCGCUGGGUGGUGUCAGGGAUGAAGCAGAGAUUCGGGGCCACCGCCGUACCUAUGUUGCCGCCAUGCCCGGUCUCAUCGUCCAGGGCCUAAAGAAAGUGGGCGUGGCCAACCCCGUCUUCCUGCUCGACGAGAUCGACAAGGUGGGCGGCUCCAGCGUGCACGGGGACCCGUCAGCAGCGAUGUUGGAGGUGCUUGACCCCGAGCAGAAUAACUCCUUCACGGACCACUACGUCAACAUCCCUAUCGAUCUGAGCAAGGUCAUGUUCAUCGCCACGGCGAACAGCCUCGACACGAUCCCGCCGCCCCUGCUCGACCGCAUGGAGACCAUCUACCUCCCCGGCUACACUACGCUAGAGAAGCGCCAUAUUGCGAUGCAGCACUUGGUGCCCAAGCAGAUCCGUGUGAAUGGGUUGAGCGAGGACCAGGUCGUGUUCACGGAGGAGGUCGUUUCCAAGAUCAUCGAGUCCUACACCCGCGAAGCAGGUGUCCGCAAUCUCGAACGCGAAAUCUCCUCAGUGCUCCGCGGCAAGGCAGUCGAGUUCGCCGACGCUAAAGACGCGGGCCACCCAGAGAAAUACAACCCACGCCUCAGUACCGAUGACCUGGAGCGAUUCCUCGGCAUCGAAAAGUUCGAAGAAGAGAUCGCCGAGAAGACCAGUAGGCCGGGUAUUGUCACCGGUCUCGUGGCAUACAGCUCCGGCGGCAACGGCAGCAUCCUCUUCAUCGAGGUGGCCGACAUGCCAGGCACCGGUACGGUGCAGCUCACGGGCAAGCUGGGCGACGUCCUGAAGGAGAGCGUCGAGGUGGCUCUGACGUGGGUGAAGGCGCAUGCCUACGAGUUGGGCCUGACGCAAGGCCCGGCCGAGAACAUCAUGAAGGACCGGAGCAUCCACGUGCACUGCCCGUCGGGCUCCAUUCCCAAAGACGGGCCCAGCAGCGGCAUCUCGCAGGCCAUCGCGCUGAUCUCCCUGUUCUCGGGGAAAGCGGUGCCGCCCACCAUGGCCAUGACCGGCGAAAUUUCCCUACGCGGACGCAUCACCGCCGUCGGCGGGAUCAAGGAGAAGCUGAUCGGCGCCCUGCGCGCCGGCGUCAAGACGGUGCUGCUGCCGGCCCAGAACCGCAAGGACGUGAAGGACCUGCCCCAGGAGGUCAAGGACGGCCUUGAGAUUGUUCAUGUUAGGUAUGUUCCAAGUUCGCAAAAUUUUGGGUUUGGGGUUGGGUUCGGUUUUGUGUUGUUGGUUGUCUCACUGAGCCCGCGCCCCGCUUCCUCCGUCCGGCCUUUCUUGCCCCCGAAAUUGAAUCAAGGGGACACAAAGCGAGGAAAGAGGGGGGGGGGGUGGGUAUGCUCGGUUCUGUUCAAGUUGGAGAAACAUGGACACAGAGACAGGGAAAAUAAGGAGAGAGAGUGUGUGUGCUGGCUGCUUUUGCUAACACCAACGUUCUCUACAGCCACAUCUGGGAAGCCAUGCGCCGCGUCUGGCCCGAGGCUCGCUGGCCGGGUGAUCAAGACCAUCCGGACGUCCAGAGCCGCCUGUGAGGUGGCUGGCCGGUCGAUGGGUAGUGAGUUUGGGGCGGUGGGGGUUGAUGGGACCGGGGAGAUCGAGAAGAUGACAUGA